AUGCCUCCUCUCACUGCUUCCUCUGCCUCGUCGCUCGCCCGGGCCUGCACCCGCCAGACCCUGGCCCUCCCUCGCACUCUCGCCGUGACAACCUCCGCCCAGCAGCUCCGAGCAAAGUCUUCAUCGGAAACGGCGCAGACCUCCUCGUUCGAUAGCCCCUUUGGUCGCAGCAAGGAAAGCCCUUCGACAUUGAAGAUCCCCAACUUUGGAAAAUACGCCAGUCCUCGCAAUGCCACGUCGAACAAGGUCUUUUCCUACUUCGUGGCGGGAAGUAUGGGUUUGAUCACUGCUGUUGGAGCAAAGGCUACUGUGCAGGAUUUUCUCGUCAACAUGUCUGCCUCAGCCGAUGUCCUUGCCCAAGCCAAGGUUGAAAUCGGUCUCAAUUCCAUCCCCGAAGGCAAGAACGUGAUCAUCAAAUGGCGAGGCAAGCCCGUUUUCAUCCGUCACCGUACCGCUAGCGAAAUCGCGGAGGCCGAGAACACAAACUGGGAAGGGCUCCGGGAUCCUCAGCCAGAUUCUGACCGUGUGAAGAAACCCGAAUGGCUUGUUAUGCUGGGUGUCUGCACCCAUCUUGGCUGUGUCCCAAUUGGUGAAUCCGGAGACUUUGGCGGUUGGUUCUGCCCCUGCCACGGUUCCCACUACGACAUCUCUGGCAGAAUCAGGAAAGGCCCUGCUCCCCUUAACCUCGAGGUUCCUCAGUACGAUUUCCCUACGGAAGAUACCCUUGUCAUCGGUUAA